ACAGGCCGUUUCAUUUCUCUCUCCAGGAAAAGUUUUCUUAAAACCUGAAUUUCGAGUUCCGAGAAGAAGAAUUUGUUAAGAAAGAAGCCAAGAGCCAGCGCGGAACUGAGAAGAAAGAAGAAGAAGAAGAGCAUAUAGAGAGAUCGAUUCAUUUAGGUUAAUUGUGAGGGAAUUCGGUAGUGUUAUGUGAAAUAGGUUUUCGCUUAGAUAUGGGAUACGGAGCGCCAUUAACAGGAUUCAGUGGUAAUGCUGCGUCGGAGGCUCUGUUUCCGCCGUAUAAUUCUGUAGCGAUCGAUUCGUUUCCUAAAGCGGCGGUGGCCGUCGAUACCGCCGCUGUCAUGAAGUCCGACAGCGGUAUUACCUGUAACCUUCCGAUACCGAGAAAGCGGGCAAGGGAUCAUUCCACCAUCAACCGAUUGCUCUCGACCUCUUAUCCUUCGCCUGCUCAUUACCAGAAAAACUGCGGAUGUUUUUAUUUUCUUGGCGAAGAUAUCUCCAUCCAAAUUCAACAGCAGCAAUUUGAUCUCGACCGAUUGAUAUCCCAACAUAUGGAGAAGGUGAGGAUGGAAGUGGAAGAGAAGCGAAGGAGGCAAGCGAGGAGGAUUUUGGAGGCGAUAGAGGUAGGGAUGAUGAAGAUAUUGAGGAACAAAGAGGAGGAGAUCGAGAAGAUGGGGAAACUGAAUUGGGAGCUAGAAGAGCGAGUGAACUCGCUGUGUAUGGAGAAUCAAAUAUGGCGCGACGUGGCGCAGACGAACGAAGCGACGGCGAAUGCGCUCCGGUGCAACCUGGAGCAAGUCCUAUGUCAAGAGGAUGAUAUGAUAUGA